AGCUAUGUCAAGACAAUAGCAAAACUUUAGUUGGUAGUCGGACAAAUGAUAGCUUGAAUACAAUUACCACCUUGCAAGCUGAGUAGCCCAACAGAAGAGCUGAGAGGCUGGCAAGAGACCUAAAGAACUCCCCAUCAACCAGUGAAACCUAUAACCCCUACCCCACUAACAGACUAUAAUAAUGCACCUGUACCUGAGCGUCUUGCUUCAUCUGGCGGUCGCUGUCUUCUCUCUCGCUUGUCUUUCUAGGCUGGUGGGAGUGUUGUUAAGCUGGUUCCUGAGCGCAGUCACAAAACACCGUAUACAGAUAGGACACGUGACCUUGUUAUCAGUUCACGACAUCAAGGUAGAGACCCGGGACAAUGGCAUUAAACUCAGAGUCAGUCAUGUCUCCAUUGUCUCCAAGCUCUUCUCUAAUUCCAUGAGGUGGGUGGGACUGUUUGUAGGCCAGGUUGAUGUAAAACUACCUGAAUUAGGAGCACUUCUCGCACGGAGAAAGAAACAGACCUUAUCAGUUACAACUGCUUCCUCCGACAAGAAACCUUUCAGAAUGCCUCCUUUUAUCGUUUACCUAAUUCAGAGAGUACACUUUAGUGUGGAGAGUAUCACAUUACAGGCAAAAGAUAGAUCACUCAGUGUGGCCGUAUCGCUUUCAACUGGGGUUAAUCUGGUUUCUUUUCCUGAUAAGGACAACAAAUUCGUAUCAUCACAUUUAGCUAUGGACCAUAUAGAGAUAAUACUGAAAGAAGACAAAACGACUUACUUAAACACUUCGUUUGGAGUUAAACUGGACCUUUUAUUUUCGUAUUACUUUGAAUCGAUAGAGACUAUAAAAGUAUCAGUGGAUAUGCUAUCUGUAAUGGCUUAUGAGGGGAUACUAGAUGUGAUAAAACAGUUCAAUCUCCGGAACAAAUCGCCCUCCAAUUCUAUUGAGACGGUAACAAAACAGAAGAUCUCUAUUUUCAAGAAGAUAUCCAGGAUACUGCCCCUGGUUGCUAAAGACCGCAGUUUAAGGAUACAGAACGUGUCGUGCAGUGUGUCAGAUGUAGAGGAAACUAGGAACAUGAGUUUUAAGAUAGAGAGUAUGACAGAAGAAGGAGCACACAGCACAUCAGACGCACUCAUCGAGAACUUGUCUCUUAGCAACGCUAAAGUUUACAUCAACAACACAGACUUCUUGUCUAUUGGCUCUAUUAAAUUAUCUCCUUUCAAGGUUACUGGAUUAAAUAAGAGAGAAGUGACAGUUAACGUAUCAGCUCAUAUUGAUAUGCCCUCUAUUCAAUGGUUCAACACUGAGUUAGUUUCCUGGGUUACCUCUAUCCCUGUAUCUACUGCACCUAGAGAACAAGGUAUCCCCAAAGAAUCAGACUCUAUUGAUGCUCCUACCCUAUCUAUAACAAGCAUUACAAGACUUACUAACCUAUCUGUCAAGAUGUUUGAAGACAGCAAGUCCGUCAGGAAGCUGAUCACCCUUACCCUCCCUUCUCUAGACUUUCAUCACAGUAAAUCGUAUGACAAGUUGAGUGUUGGGAUUGCUUGCAAAGGUUUGUUACUCCAGCUACCAAUACCACUGAAGAUAAAGAAGAGGUUGAGAGACAGGUUACCCGCUAUUCAGGAGAACCAUUUGUGGGGGCAAGUGCUGGACUUUAAAUCUCUUACAGUCAAGGUCCAAAAAUACAAAGAAACUAUAAAGGUUGAUGUUGAUAUGCAGAACUCGGUAAUGGAGUGGAACUAUCAUUUCUCAAACCUAAUCAUGGAGCUAAUGCCACAGUUUAUUAUAAUGUUGCCUGUUCUUUCUACAGUCAAGACUCCUUCAGCUGCUACUACUCCAUCUAAACCACGAGCCAUUGAUAUCGACUGUAACAUAGUCAGAUUGAACGUGUUCCUUCUGUCAAAUGAACCAGGAGAAGUUUGCUCUCUGCUUCACAUCAACAAAUUGAAUCUGGACAAAAGGGGUAUAAGAAGUAAUCUGUCCGUUGAGAACCUUUACCUUCACACAAUGGAGCGAUUACCUGAGAUCUACCUGUGUAACAUAGAGUUAGAGGAGAGCGACACAAUGCUCUACCUAGCUAAAGCCUCCGUAACACGUGACUUGAGCGGAGUAUGUGGGGAUGUGAGCAGUGUGGCGGUCAGCUGGGAACCUACCCAACACAGAGUGUUGGAGAGUUGUGUCAACAAGACUAAGGGGUCCAUCAUUUGCAUCAGAGAUUUGUUGAUGUACCAGCGCCCAACUCAGCCCAGUGCUCCCUCUACAAGUCCCUCGGUUCCUAUCAACAAGAUCGUAGUCAAUGUUACCAGAACUUCUCUCAACUUUAUAACUUCCCCAUCUAACCAGAUAUCGAUAGAACUGACUCCGUUUGAACUGAAGGUGGUGGACAGCGGAGUAAAGUUGAGGGUCAGUGACAAUGUUACUGUUAUUAUGGACGGGCAUCAGAUCCUCUACAUCACAGAUGUUGGGUUAGAGCACGUGGUUCAGGAGAAAGAGCUGCUUGAAGUUAGAGAGUGCUACCCAGAGUUCGCUUCAACUAACCGAGCAUGGUACUUCCACUGCCGGGAGUUCAAAGUGUUUCUGCCCCACAACUACGGCAGAAACCCCACAAAUAGCAACCACCCAACUCUGGCUCUGGCUAUUGACGAGGCUCAGAACUGUUUUAAAAUGUUGAAGGCUCUGCACAGGGUACCAAGACUUGCUAGUGACGGUGAACCACUGUACGCUGACUGUAAAGUGGAGAUCAAACAAUUCCUGGUGGAGUUUGAGGACUACGAGUUCGACCAGAAGAUCUCACAGAACUACCUGAUAAUGCAGGCUGCUUGCAGGGAGAUAGAGAGUAGUAUGGGAAACUUUGAGAGACAGGGAUCUGAUACUCCUGAGCCGGAGAACCAGCAACUUAACUUAUCUGAACUUGCUGACAACUCCUUCACAACUAGUUCAAGUUUCUGGGAGACUUACUACGACUUCCAGCGGUUUUACAAGGAGCAGGCAGAGAAGACUCCAGAAGAAGCAGUGAAGCUAGCAACCCUCUUAGUAACAGAAGUGCGUAUGUGUGUCUGUGCUGAUGAGAGUCUGAACGGGCAUGACAACGUAGUGGACAUGAUUAACAGGCUGGAUGACGGGACUGAGGUUCCACCUGAUCUCAGGUUCACCACCCUCUGGGGACGAGCUGUGUCCGGUACCUGGACCACCUUUUCCCUACAACUCCGCAACUUCAGCACUGAACUGAUACGAAUCAACAACGGAGCUAUCAGGGGUAUUAUUUGUGGAGCGGAAGCGGUGUCACCCAACCAUGCAAUCAGAAAAACCAGGGUCAUGCUCAGAAAACCGUGGAAGAAUUUCGAACUUGCACGAGGAAUGAACGCUCUGAAAUAUUUCUACGACUUAACUUUAGAUGCGCAAGAGAUGGAGAUGUCAUGGGGUCCUUGUCUGGAGCCGUCCUACCAGUUCUUUGGACAGUGUAUUGAUAAAAUAACAAAGAAAUCCCGAGACCCGUCCCCACUGCUGCCCUUCUGGGACAAAGCUAGAAACCUACUUAGAGGCAGUUUUGAGCUGCGAUCACAAGUGUUUGUUAUGAAGGCGCUGAGUGAACGUGAACCACUGAACAACUCCGAGUACCUCUCCCUCUGUUCAACUGGUUACAACUUCAAGUGGACCAAUGGUCAGUUAACAUUUGACGGUGACACGGUGAUAAAGAACAACUCUGAAAGUAAAUACGGGGAAUGUAAGAUCGUGACCUUACCUCGGCUCUUGUUCAGUGUGGGAAUGUUCUGGAGAACUCCCAACAACAUGCCCAACGACCAUUGGUCCUGUGUUCCGUACGACCCCAAGUUUGUUAAGACACAAGAGGAACCCUGGGACUCCUUUAAGAACUUCAGAUCAAAGCAUUUAGAUCUGGAUGUGUCUAUGAAGUUUGCUAAAACAGAGGGAGAUUCAGAACCUUAUCCCAAGGUGAACUUGUACAGUAAUACUCUGAAAUGGCUGGACACGUGGGCGUCUGUAGUGGUCGGUACUGUCUCCAGGCCUGUCUUCAAAGGGUCACUCUGGAAGAAUCUCAAACCUCCUAAGAAAAAACUUACCCGUCACUACCGUAAAAUUCAUUUUGAGACAGAUUUCGACAUGGCAGAAGUAGAGAUCUGGUCGUCUUACAGAAAGAGAGCAGGAGCUAAGAUCACGGUUCAGUCAGGAGAGCUGUCCAUGACUCACAAGCUGACCCUGGUCCCCUGGCCUCCUCUAGAGAUAGUGGAUGGAGAUGGGAACAUCCAGUACGUGACAUUGUCCAGGAGACCCCGAACAGUGUGGAGUACAGAGAAGUGUAAGGCUCACUUCCAUGAUAUUCAGGGUACGCUGAUGGGAAGUCUGGACAGCAUGGAAGAGAACGCGUAUGAUAGGGACCCCAACCAGCGCUCCCCCGAACAUUUCCUCUUCUCUGUUAACGAGGUGGAGUACAGACAGAGGGGGGAGAUGUCUCUUAGCACAGAGUCCCUCAACAGCACUAACUCAAGGGACAGCAAACUCUACACGCACUGGAUUGUCAUCUCCGAUUUUAAAGCCAGUAUUAAUAUUGAUACGCGAACUCUUAUACUGGCUUUUAUAGAACAGUAUGAAAAUACCCGAGCUUUGAAGAGAGAUUUGUCUUCAGAAGCUCUCAAGACUAUAAGUCUUGAAGGUGAAGGGACUAAGAAAUCUCCAAGAGGAACUUUAAUAUUCGAAUGUUCUCCGAACCAAUCUAACGACGACUUACUCUCGCAGUUUGAUGAAGAUCAAGUUACGAUAGUCACCAGUGACGACAAAUCUUCCUCCUCAAAAGAGAAGCUAGCGGCAGAGCAGGCUUGUUCUGACACCGAUAUUAAAACCAGGCAAUGGUCCAUUCAAAUGACUAACGGCCAGCUAGCAAUGCAAGGACCUGAGCUGAACGGUUUCAUAGUGCUGACAACUGGGAAGUGCCAGGUUCUGGGGACAGAGCACUGGCCGGUUCUCAGGGGCGGUGAGUUUUUCUCCAAACUCUCCUGGACCUGUAUUGUGGAGCAUGUUCAGUACUUCGCUACAGUGAACGAGGCACCUGAGUGUAGUAUCCCCUGGUUAGACGAGAGUAUUGUCUCCGCGAAAAGGAGUCGCUACAACUCUACCCAGGACCCUGAGGAUCCAGAGAAUCUUAUUAAUGACAUUGAGGAGCAGGAUGAGAGUUUGAAGGGGAUAGUGAGAGAGGUUUACAAGUUUGACACGAAGCAGUGUGCUACCCAGCUACAGAGGAUCGUCUCCAGGUGCGGGUGUUUGCUCUCUUUCGUCUCUUUCGGUUCUCAACCUAUUGAAGAUACACACAGUUCUACCGAGGACUUACAGUACACCACUGAGAACAUGUAUUCGAGUGACUUGCUCUCUGCCUUUUCUUUGAGACAUAAGAGUCUGGAGGUGGCUACGAACACACAUCAGUACAAAAUGAUCAUAGACUGCGUGAACAACUUGCUCCUUAGAACCGAGGGAUCCAAGAGGUCCUCCAUUGGCCGGCUGCUUCAUGCUUUCAGUUUAAUGAGGUCAGGAGAAGACGAGGCUAGGAAGACAAUUGCUGCGUAUCAGAAGGAGAUUCGGGAAUGCAUUGCCAGAAUCAGAGACUUAGAGCGUCAUCUGUACGACCUGAACGUUAUGGGUGUGCCUAACCCAGACAAGAUAGACAAAACUCCGAAAGUUUUGGAAACAGAGAAACAGAAGCUAAAUAACAACAGAGUUAAACUGCGGUUGACCAUCAGUGCUUUCAAAGAGUUCAAGUCAAAAGAAGGAGCACUAUUUAAGGAUCAGGUGGAGGACCAGCUAAUGGAGGUGAGGAAGAAUGAGAUUUGUAUUGACGAUGCUAGCUGGACACUGACUGGAGAGUGCGGCCAAGUUCCUAUCAUGGAGGUCAAUAUCCAGGGAGGGUUCGCUUAUUCUAGAACAGUUUACAGUACCUCUUCAUCAUGUGAAACUGAUCAGAGUCCAGACUUUUCGAGCGGUCACAAGUUUACCCUGGGACAUUUCUGCAUCAGGAACCUUCAAAAUGAUCUGAAUCCGCAGAAUGUACUGUUCCCUAUGAACGAUAACAACGAAGGAGGGAACAUGAACCACCGUCACUGUCUCCGAGUGUACCUUAGUCAGCAGCACAAUCCUGUGGGAGGUAUCAUUAUUAACCAUCAUCUUGAGAUGAAUCUCGUUCCUCUCGUUCUACGGUUUGAAACUGCGUUUUGGCGGGAAAUUCAGAAGUUCUUUGUUGGGGAAGAUAAACAUGAUGAAGGUAUCCAUGACUACGAUGACCUUGACGACUCUUCCUCCAUCAAUCCUCUUGCUUUCGAGAUCCGAGCUCAGAACUCAAAGAGGGACAAGAAGUUUAAAUUUGGAAGCAAGAGAAAUGUAAGAACUGCAGCUGCUGAACCACAUAAGGCUCUGGAUGAGAUGUCAGAACGGAGCAAGAAACGAUUCUUCAAUUUCGUUAAAAUCCAGCAGUUCCCUAUCCUGAUAUCUUACAAGGGUAAAAUCACUGUCAACGAGAAAACUGUGCUAUUCCCUGAUAUCGAAAUAAAAGAAAGAACUCAGACUUGGAAGGAGUUAGCACUGGAGAUAAAGAGGAUAAGUGUUCCGAAGGUAGCGCUGAGUCUGGGUAAGCUGAAGCAGUCCUACUCGGCCCCUAUCCCUGUACUCUCUACUCUGGGGGUGGGCAGCAACUCUAAUGUGGACGAGAGUGCUCGGAACCAAGAGGUCUACAGGUUCCUGACCGGUUCUGAAGCUGAUGCUGCUCCUAAGAAGAAGCGAGGGUUGAGUCUGAGUUUGCGGAGGAACAAGCCUAAGAAAGCAGCACCACCAAUUCCAGCUCGACCUACUCAUUUACCCAACGACCAGUUCGUAAAGGAAGUAGACACUCCUGGGGAGUGGGAGGAUAAUACGCUUGGGGACCGGAUGAACGUUCUUAAAGCUAUGUCAGCGGAACCAGUUACUCCUACUGACCUGCAGCAUCCAAUUACUAUGGCAACUGUUGCGGAGGGAAACGAAAACAUUAUUCAGAUUAACCCUGGGGCUCAGGAUUUCGGGGGCCAGUUGGGUUGAAACUCAGAAGGUUGACAGAUUUAUUAGUUGUUUUAGUGUUCUUAUUGUGAUGAAUCAACCUGUAGGAUAAACAUGUAAAAGGAAAUGUAUUACUAUUUUGACUUGUGAAGUUUGAUUAAUGAAUUUUAUGGGGGUUUAUUUUCAGUAUGGACAUGAUGUUAUGUUUGCAGUAUGAUUUGAGGUGUUUGCCAAUUAAUAAUGUUUUGAAGUUACUGUCGUUACUAUAGUUACUAUAGUUACUAUAGUUACUAUACUAUUUUAAGUAAAUGUCGUCAGCUUUACAAGAAGAUUGAAGUGUUUAAAUCAGUGCUGCCCGCAUUAGUAUGUCAUACCACUCUAGUAGUAUUAUACUAGUAGUAGUAGUAGUCAACAAACUAUAUAUCAGCUGGGUUCCUAUUAUAGACUGAUGUUUAAUUCUGUUUGUUUCACAUGAUCUGGUUCUUCCUCUUGAAAGAACCAGAUCAUGCCUUUAUACUAUAACUAUGCCUGUACAGUGUACAGUUCCAUCUCAGGUUGUGUUGACUUGAUCCGGGCUGCACUGAUUGAUUUAAUUCAAUGUUAGAAGAUCUGUAAGAUCGAGAAAAAAGAAACACCUGUUAUUACAACGUGUCAUUCGUUUAGUUGAACUAUUUGAUUUGUAGUAAUUUACUAUUUUAAUCAUUUCUCUACUUU